UUCGAGAGCAAUGGAUCGUUGGCAGAAUCGCGUGGCCGUUAUAAGUGGCGCCAGUUCGGGGAUCGGAGCGGCCUGUGCCCGUCUCCUGGUGGCCGCCGGCCUGCAAGUUGUAGGCCUGGCCCGUCGCACCGAUCGCCUGGAGAAGCUAAGGCAAUCCCUGCCGGCGGAUCAGCGGGGGAGAUUCCAUCAGCACAGCUGCGAUGUCUCGCAGGAGGCCCAAGUGGACAGCGCCUUCGCUUGGAUUGAAAAAGAGCUCGGGGGCAUCGAUGUGAUGAUCAAUAAUGCCGGCAUCGUGCUGGGUGGCCAGCUUAUCGAUAUGCCCACCCAGGAAAUUGGCAACAUCCUGCAGACGAAUCUUAUGGGCAGCAUCUACUGCACCAAGCUGGCCGCCGGCAGUAUGAGGCGUCGCCAGGUGGCCGGCCACCUGUUCUUUGUGAACAGUACCGCCGGUGUGGCUGGCUAUAAACCGGAUCCGGUGGACGAGAGCCUCAACGCCUACACACCGAGCAAAUUUGCACUGACCGCCGUCCACGAGAUCUGCCGGCAGGAGCUGAUCCAAAAAGGAUCGAAGAUCAAGACCACGAGCAUCAAUCCCGGCUGGGUGGCCACCGAGAUCGUGCCGGAGGAGACGAAGGCCAAGCUGGGCGAGGUCAUCCUGCAGGCGGACGACGUGGCCCAGGCUGUACUGUACGCCCUAUCGACGCCGCCGCACACCCAGGUGGAGCAGAUAACGCUGCGGGCGGUGGGCGAGUACUUCUGAUUCCUGAUUGCCGAUGGCCCCGAUAACUGAUAACGCAGCCCCCGAGAUUAAGCCAACGACGACCGCCAUAACAAUCAAAUGAAGGGGGAACGACCCGUUGCUUUUGACCACAAAAUUGUGUUUACACACCUCACCUCGUUUCGUUUUAGCUUUAUUGUAACUGUAACUGUUAUGGCUAUUUGUUCAGCACUUUUAUACUUUUCCACAAGCCAAAUAAAUAAUUCAGCUUUGUAAAUUAA